CGACCAGCUGAGCUGCUUGGAGAUUGCUCAUCACUAACGAAUAAGUCGCGGCACGUGUUUACUUUUGUUUUGACCGCGAGAAUGUUGGCCAAAAAACAGAAAAUUCAGGAGGCGGACGCGGAGAAGCAGGCCACGCCCCACACUAUACAGGCGCGCCUCAUUUCGGAUACGGGCGAGGAAGCGGGGCCGCCAAUCGACCUGCCGGCGGGAAUCACCACCCAGCAACUGGGUCUGAUUUGCAACGCUCUGCUGAAAAACGAGGAAGCCACUCCAUAUCUGUUCUUCGUGGGCGAGGAUGAGAUCAAGAAGAGCCUGGAGGACACAUUGGACUUGGCGUCAGUGGACACGGAAAACGUGAUCGAUAUUGUGUAUCAGCCACAGGCCGUUUUUAAAGUGCGCCCGGUGACAAGAUGCACAAGUUCCAUGCCGGGACACGCCGAGGCUGUGGUAUCACUGAAUUUCAGCCCGGAUGGCGCUCAUCUCGCCAGUGGAAGUGGUGACACCACAGUGCGAUUGUGGGAUCUUAACACAGAGACACCACAUUUCACCUGCACAGGUCAUAAACAAUGGGUUCUGUGCGUAUCGUGGGCUCCGGAUGGCAAACGGUUGGCUAGCGGCUGCAAAGCGGGCUCUAUAAUUAUCUGGGAUCCGGAAACGGGCCAGCAAAAGGGGCGACCCUUGAGUGGACACAAGAAACAUAUCAACUGUCUCGCCUGGGAGCCGUAUCAUCGAGAUCCGGAGUGCAGGAAACUUGCCUCUGCCAGUGGUGACGGCGACUGCCGUAUUUGGGACGUGAAGCUAGGCCAGUGCCUGAUGAAUAUUGCUGGACACACAAAUGCUGUAACAGCAGUGAGAUGGGGCGGAGCGGGCCUUAUUUAUACGUCCUCCAAAGAUCGCACAGUGAAGAUGUGGCGAGCAGCUGAUGGAAUCUUAUGCCGGACAUUCUCUGGCCACGCUCACUGGGUAAACAACAUUGCGUUGAGCACCGACUACGUUCUGCGCACUGGUCCAUUCCAUCCGGUAAAGGAUCGCUCCAAGAGCCACCUCAGCUUGAGCACUGAGGAACUGCAGGAAUCUGCGUUGAAGCGCUACCAGGCCGUGUGCCCUGAUGAAGUGGAGUCCCUGGUUUCCUGUUCGGAUGACAACACUCUCUAUCUGUGGCGGAACAAUCAGAACAAGUGCGUUGAGCGCAUGACAGGGCACCAGAACGUGGUCAACGAUGUGAAAUAUUCGCCGGAUGUAAAGCUAAUUGCGUCUGCUUCGUUCGACAAGUCAGUGCGUCUGUGGCGGGCCAGCGAUGGUCAGUACAUGGCCACCUUCCGGGGUCAUGUGCAGGCUGUUUACACGGUUGCCUGGUCUGCGGACUCUCGCUUGAUUGUUUCCGGUAGCAAAGACUCAACAUUAAAAGUGUGGAGUGUACAGACCAAGAAACUGGCACAGGAGCUGCCUGGACAUGCGGAUGAGGUGUUUGGAGUGGACUGGGCGCCCGAUGGCUCUAGAGUUGCCUCUGGUGGCAAGGACAAAGUUAUAAAGCUAUGGGCUUACUAACAAAUCGUUAUCUUGUACACGGUAGGAAAAUUCUUAGGAAUAAAGUAAGACGUCCUGAGUAAA